AAAACAAAACUCAACAUUUAGAGCAGAAAUUAAAAACAAUGAAAGGUGUUGUGAUUUUCAGUUUGCUGGUUAUCGCGUCAUGUAUAUUAGCCGACGAUUCUUAUACACCAUAUUCAGGUGAUAAUAACGGAGCAUAUCAUGGUAAUGGGGAUUACAACAAUAAUAAUAAUGAUUUUUAUAACUCUGGUGGCGAUAAAAAUCAUGGCGGUGAUAAUCACGGUAGAAUACAUACACGUGGUAAAUUUAUAGCCUUUGGAAAUGCAGAUAAAGGCCUUAAAUAUCAUCAAGUUACAUAUUUCCAUAAAGGUAGUAAAUCUCGAAGGAAAUUUGCCAAUUAUGACACAAAAGGUAAAGUGCAUACAUAUGGCAGACAAAAUGUGAAAGCCAAAUUCAAUAUUGAGAGCAAACUGAGUGGUAGAUCUAAAUUUAAUGGGGGUAAACUUGACUACAUGGUCGGUCCUGGUGGUCCAUAUGGAGAAACUAAUAAAGGACAAAUACCAAUCGAUAAUAUUGCAUACGGAGGUGGUUCAGACUACAAUACUCCGUCAAAUUAUGAUAACAAUAAUAAUAAUAAUAAUAAUGAAGGAAACGGUGAAGGAUCAGCAAAUGAUUAUGGAUAUUCCAGUGGGUCAAACAAUGACAACUAUCAGUCAUAAUAUCAAAUAUGAAAAUGCAAAUUGACGUGAAUUUGUUUGUUAAUAAGCAGUAAACUAUCGGAGAGAAGUAUAAUACUAGUUUUCUAAACAAAUAUAUAAUGAUUUAAAUAAACUUUUUAAAGAAUAUUUUGUCUUAUUUUUAUUAUUUAUAGUUUGCUCGCUAGUUCCAGUGAGUAGCCAUGACAAGUUAAGUUCAAGCAUGUCAAAUGUGAGGAAGGUACCAGCUUAAGACAAUGAAAGGUCACAUAGUGUCUCGGACUCAAUAUAGUUGAAUUUGUCCUCAGUGGUCUGGACAUCGAACGUUCGUGCGCUAGAUGAAAGGUUUUGGGUCUGAUUUUCGGUUUUGCAGUUAUGGAUGUACGCUAAUGAGGUGUCGUUUCGUGAUUUCACCAAUCUUCCUACGGAUUUAAU